GGCUCAUGAGCGACAAAGCGCUGUGUGCGGGCGCCUGGGCCGGGGGCACCGACAGCUGCCAGGGCGACAGCGGGGGCCCCUUGGUGUGCUACCACGCGGACACGGACAGGUAUUACCUGAUCGGCAUCGCCAGCUUCGGCGUGGGCUGCGGCCGCCCCCGCUACCCCGGCAUCUACGUGCGCCUGUCCCAGUACCGCAAAUGGAUCAAGGCCAAACUGCUGCUGAUUAACCAGGCCUGGAGCCCCCCGGGCACCGCGCUCACCGUGCUGCUGGCGCUGGGGCACACGCUGCUCACGCACCUUCUGUAGACGGGAAUCCAGCGUGUGGUCCUCGUGGAGGUCUGUGCUGCCUGGGAAAGCCUGGAGAAACCAGCUCGCUCCUGACCGACAAUAAAUCCCAGAGCCAAAGGAUGUGCACUUACUUUUUAGGAGUCGUGUCUGCCAUUGUAUUUUUUGUUUCCUGCCUCUGAUAUCCACACUGACAGGAGAGGAAAGAGUACCAGCCUCGGCACUAAUGAGGAAAAUUGAAUGUAGAAAUGUUAUGGACUGGAAACACUUUGUUCCCACCCUAUUUCUGUGCUUUUCCAGCCCUCAGGGGGUUAAACACACACAGCCAGGGGCUGGGGAGGGCAGAUGCUCCCUCUGCCGGGUAAAAGCCAGCAGAGCACACUAAGGUUUUAAUUAACCACUUAAUUAGCCAAACCUUACCUGUGGCUCAGCUUACUGAAAACUAAGAAGGUAAAAACCCUGCAGGAAGGGUUCUGCACUCAUGAUUUUUAGCACUGGCAGGUGUGUAAAAAUGCCAUUUAAUCCACUAAGAGUAUUAUUUAUUCCUGGCUGUCAUAGGACUUGAUCCCACACAGGUAUUCCCACCUGGUCACCACCACUGCAGCUCUAACUUCAUUACAAAUAAAUAGGGACCAGCAGAAUUAUAAUAUUUUAGCGACUUUAUUUACCAAGAUCAAAAUUUGCAACCAUUAAUUGUUUCAACAAAUAUUUACAAUUCAUGGAAAGCACGGACUGUUUGGAACCAACCAGCAGAACAGCAUCAGCUGCUGCAUCUCUUACCCUCAGAAAUGAGAUUUUACUCUUUAAAAUCGAGAUUU